GGAGAAAUGAGAUGCGCUUUGAAUUUUAACCACUGGAGGACAAAUCAAAGAAGGUCUGUCGCGGGAAACGCCCACGGAUGUGUCUGCGUGACCCCAAAGUUACUAUUUUGGGCUGAUAUUGAAUACACAAUAGUGCGCGGUGGGCUUUGCGUCAGGCAGCGCGCUCACUCACUCACUGAUCAUUUCUGGACAGGUUGAGUCGUGAGCGCGGAAACAGCACAUCAAGUGUCUCAACGAGGACUCAUUCUAUGGGUGCCACCAAACUGAAUCUUCAGGUUAUUAUCACUCAUUGAGACCUACAUGAGCACACUGGCAUCAGAUUCGGACUCUUCGACAUCCAGUUAGGAGCACAAAGCUUUGUUGUCCAAACCUGUAUCAAGACAAAGGGGCAGUUUUUGUGACCUCCAUUCCACCCGGCUCUUCUUUCACACCUUUAAUUGUCAGGAUCAGCACAACAGGGCACAACCAUGCCCAAGAGCAGUAAAGUGACUCAGCGCGAGCUCAGUAAUGAGCAUGUCACGGAGUCUGUGGCUGACCUCCUGGCGCUGGAGGCUCCCAUGGACUACAAGAGCAGUCAGAUGAGCAUGAACAUGGCAGGAGGCGGCCCUCCGCCCAUAGGCAAGCCAGACAUCUCUCCUGACCUUGAAGACGGUCGCCCUGCCUGGAACAGUAAGCUGCAGUACAUCCUGGCCCAGGUGGGCUUCUCAGUGGGCCUGGGUAACGUGUGGCGUUUCCCUUAUCUUUGCCAGAAGAAUGGAGGAGGUGCCUACCUUGUUCCAUACUUCAUCCUUCUAAUCCUUAUUGGCAUCCCACUUUUCUUCUUGGAGCUGGCGGUUGGCCAGAGGAUCCGUCGAGGAAGCAUAGGAGUAUGGAAUUAUGUUUGUCCACGACUUGGUGGCAUUGGAGUGUCCAGCCUGAUGGUGUGUGGUUUUGUGGGUCUGUACUAUAAUGUGAUUAUCGGCUGGAGCAUCUUCUACUUUUUUCAGUCGUUUCAGUAUCCUCUGCCCUGGAGCGAAUGUCCUAUCAGGAGGAAUGGCACCCAAGCCAUUGUGGAGCCGGAGUGUGAGAAGAGCUCAGCAACCACGUACUUCUGGUACCGCGAGACCCUGAACAUCACCAGCACAAUCGCAGACAGCGGGGGGCUGAACUGGAGGAUGACUCUGUCGCUGCUGGCUGCCUGGAUAAUUGUCUGCCUGGCUGUCAUAAAGGGCAUUCAGUCUUCUGGGAAGGUGAUGUACUUCAGCUCUCUAUUUCCAUACGUUGUGCUCUUCUGCUUCCUGGUGAGAGGGAUGUUUCUUAAAGGAGCAGUAGACGGCAUUGCUCACAUGUUCACACCCAAGCUAGAGAUCAUGUUGGAGCCGCAGGUGUGGCGUGAAGCUGCCACUCAAGUCUUCUUUGCUCUUGGUCUGGGAUUCGGAGGAGUCAUCGCGUUUUCCAGCUACAAUAAGAGAGACAACAACUGCCAUUUUGAUGCCGUUCUGGUCUCCUUUAUCAACUUCGUGACCUCUAUUCUGGCUACACUCGUGGUGUUUGCUGUGCUGGGUUUCAAAGCCAACGUCAUGAACGAGAAAUGUGUGGUGGAGAAUGCUGAAAAGAUUCUGGGCUACUUGAACUCAAAUGUGCUGAGUCAGGAUCUGAUCCCUCCUCAUGUCAACUUCUCCCACCUCACCUCGUCAGAGUAUGCCGAGAUGUACGGCGUAAUAAAGAUUGUGAAAGAAGACAGUUUUGCGCAGCUGGGACUGGAGCCGUGUCUGCUGGAGGAUGAGCUCAAUAAGGCUGUUCAAGGCACUGGUCUGGCUUUUAUUGCCUUCACCGAGGCCAUGACCCAUUUCCCCGGUUCUCCCUUCUGGUCGGUCAUGUUUUUCUUCAUGCUGAUAAACCUGGGCCUGGGCAGCAUGAUCGGCACCAUGACUGGCAUCACCACACCGAUUCUGGAUACUUUCAAAAUUCGGAAAGAGUUCCUCACAGUGGGCUGCUGUAUUGUGGCUUUUUUGUGCGGUUUGCUGUUUGUCCAGCGUUCAGGGAACUACUUUGUUACCAUGUUUGAUGACUAUUCUGCCGGUUUGCCCCUCACCAUUGUGGUGAUCUUGGAGAAUGUCUCUGUAGCCUGGAUCUAUGGCACUAAAAGGUUCAUGCAGGAUCUGGAGGACAUGCUGGGUUUCAGACCGUGCAGUGUUUACUUCUAUCUAUGGAAGUAUGUGUCUCCAGUGUGUCUGCUCAUACUGAUUUCUGCCUCUGUGGUAGAGAUGGCCAUCAGCCCUCCGGGAUACAAUGCAUGGGUGCAAGACCUGGCCAUGGAGAGGUUUCAGAGUUAUCCUCCUUGGGCACUAGCCAUGUGUUUUUCUCUGAUCAUUGUGGCCAUGCUUCCUCUUCCAUUGGUCUUUCUUGCCCGUCACUUCAACUGGCUCCCAGACGGCUCCAACAAGUUGUCCGUCUCCUACCGCAAGAGCCUUACAAAGGAGGCUUCCACCCUGGAAGAUGAGACGAGGUUCAUCCUUGGGAAGAACCCCAGCGAAGCCCCUUCUCCCAUGCCCAGUCACCGGGCCUAUCUGGGUCCUGGCAGCACCUCUCCUGUGGAGCUCAUCACCAACUCUACCUCCAUCAGCGGCUACGGCAGUGGUUACCAGACUAACCCUGCUCCUCCCAAAUCUGAGUCAUGAUCCUCCAACCCACCAACCCGAGACUGAGACGGAAAGAGAAAGAAGAUGUUGUACAGAUGAGUGAGAAGGUCCUAGUGUUGGUCACACCUUAACCCAAGCCAUUCCAAGAAGCAGGACAACAAGAAAACAAAGACACAGAGAUCCUUCCUUUUCCCCAACAAGAAAGGUCCCUUGAGCCCAAUUGUUCAUACGGACUACAGAUGUUGGUCUGAAGGUGAAAGAGAGCCUGAAGCUUUCAGAUCAGAAUGUAGGGUGGCUUACUUGGUGAGUUGGUAAGUUAUUUUUCACACACAGAUAAUUAAUGUCAACUCUUCAGGUCUGGUCUCUGUGAUUCGUUCGGGGUCAUAGGGUUGGUAUCACAUCCCUCUCUGUGAGUUCUGAGGUAAUAGUUGUCGCUCAGGUUAAGGUGUUACCAAUGCUGCUGAACUCCAGACAUCUUACAAAAUGUAUAAGAGAUGCCAUGCAAGGGAUUUCAUUUAAACUCAUCUUUAGAGCUCAUAAAGGGAGUCAACUCAGAAGGACUCAGAAUAACUAACGCUUUCACUUCUUAUAAUGAGCCCUCGAGUGGAUAUUAUGUAAGAGUCACUGUUAAAGACAGACCACCUGAGAGUAGAGUGAACUGAUAUCUUGAUUUCGGGUACUGACGGAAGUACAUCUUCAUUUAAUACGUUUUCUUGGUUAUAGACUUUGCACAUUAACAGUCUGUCAUGUCCACAUCUCAGCACAAGAGGACGACAUAUAUGUAUUCAAACACAAAGCACAUACGUAUGUAGUCUCAAUGCAGUAUCAAACAUGAAGUAUAAGUGUCAGGUUCAGGCUGUUUUUGAAACUGGAUUUAUCUCUUUUUAAGUUUAUGUUCAAGUUUUUUUUAAUGAUGGAAACAAAUGUGACUGCCUGAUGAGAGGUGAUUUCCACAGAGCACAAGAAAUGACUAUCCAGGAUGCAAUAAGGGGUACGGUUUGAGCCAAGUAAACUCCACCAAGCACAAUAACUACAUCUUAAUAAAUUACACAUGAAUUGAAUGAGAACAACUUUUAUUUAAUUUCAAUGUCAGCAGUGGCAAUAAUAGUAUGAAUUGUAAUGAAUUGUGUGGCAUUAGCUGCAAUUGUGAGGUUUACUUAAAGUUAUCUUGCUUGGUGGAGGCUAACUAUUUUAGGUCUAUAUAGUUAUCCCAAGUGAAAUUUAUGAUGAAGAUGAUAAGCUCCAAAUAGGGAAUGGUGCUGCAUGGGUAAGCAUAUGAGACUUUCAAAGACUUUCAAAAAUUAUGUGUGAUACAGCGGGGAAAAGUAUUUUUAUUUGAUUAUUUGAUUUCCUGCUGAUUUUGUUAGUUUGCCCAAUUACAAAGAAAUUAAUGAUCUGUAAUUUUCAUGGUAGGUUUAUUUUAAGUAUAGAGACAGAAUCCCAGCCAAAACAUCCAGAAAAAAAAUACAUUAAAGGUUAGAAGUUGAUUUGCAUUUCAGUGAGUGAAAUAAGUAUUUGAUUCGCUACCAAAUAUUUUCCGCACUGUAUUUGUUGCAUUUUCUUUCCUUUUUACUCUCUAAAAAAAUACACUACACAGGCCAUGGAAAAUAUAUAUUUAGUUUAAAAAAGUGAUUUUAAAAGAUUGCUGCAAUUCAACCUGAUGUAGAAAAACAGUUAAGCUUCUUUAUAAAGUAACAUACAUUGAACUGGAAGAAGAGGACCAGUUUUAUUGAGGAACCAAAGUAUAGUAAUGAAAAGUAGUGAAUAUUUAAAGACUGCCUAAUGUGAUUGAGAUUUGCUGCCGUUAAAAGCUCACUGCCUAAUAACCUGUAAACCUAACAUACUCUCCUAAUUACUGUGGUUUAUGUGCUCAUAACAGAUGCACUGGUUUUAAUGAAUGUGGUUCAUUUUCAGUAUUUAUUCCAUUAAGAAUAGAUUCAGAGAGGGCUAGAGGGCUGGAGAGCAGACAAAGUGUGAAGGAGAGUAGGACAGGAGUUGUGGGUCUUAUUGAAAUGAUGAGUACAAAGGCAAAGCUUUUGAUCAUCCAGCUGCUUGUAGCUUUCGAGUCUAUCAUAAAGGCUGCUGCGGUAAAAAUAGACAUGGACUAGGCUGGUUACCCAGGGGAACCUGUGUCAGAAACAACACGGCUGCAUGUUAAUGAGUCCUCCUUAGGUGUGUGUGUGUGUGUGUGUGUGUGUGUGUGUCGAGGAGGGGUUUCAAGAUGUUCCUAAAAGGCUGUGGUUGCUAGGGAGUAGGGACACAACAAGGGUCUUUUAGGAACAUCUUGAAACCCCUCCUUGACAAGAAAAAUCUCUUCAUGGUCACUGGAAGUGGUACAGGUACUGGGACUGUCAAGCUUUUUAAAAAAAGACAAGAAACCUAAAAGUUGUCCAUUAUUUUCUCAAGCUGCUUUGUAAAAGAAACUAACAAUUUUCACCUCCAUUAAGGUGCUUCUUUCAAAUGUGAUGUUUAGGAGAUUGACGGCUCCGGUCCCCAUUCACUUUCACUGGUCAUGUUGGUUUUCCCACACGUUCUUUUGAGUCACACGAGUUUGAAACAAAAUGAGAAACGAGUCAAUGAUGAUGAAUGAGUUUUCCAUUUUGGGUGGACUUUGAAAGAGCCCACACCUUUUCUGCACUUGCUUGCCUGAUUGUGCCGUCAGUCACUGAAAGAGACUGAGAAAUAUGUGAAGCCAUCCCUCUAGACAAGAAUUACUAAAGUGGUCUCGUGCAUUGAGCCUGCCCUUAUCACAGAUGAGAUGGGACUGAAAGAGCACUUGAUUCAUAAAUCAGGGAAGAUUUUAGAAUUUCACAAACACAUUUUUUUUUGUUGUAGUGUGUCGUUGUCUAGUAUGUGGUAAAGUACGUUAAUGUUAACGUUGCUCCUGCAAUUGCACAAUAUUGUCGCAAGAUGUCGCUGUUUGCUGUUGAUUAGUGUGUUGAAGUCUCUGUGCUCCUCCCACCCCUCCGCUGAGCACAGCUGGUGCCUCUCAUUAUUACUUAUACUCAAAGGUUAGUGUGACACAUAUAUAGUUUUUUUGUUGUUGUUGUUGUUUGCUUGUGACAGUUGUGCACUUUACCUUCUCUAGACAAGAGGCCCCAGAGCUGCAUCUCACAAGCACAACACCACAGUAGGAUUGUUUAUACUAUACUGACAAACAGAGGCGACUUCAACUGGUUUAUUUAAUAAUGAUAAUAAUAAUAAUAAUAAUAAAUAAAAAGCCAUUAAAACAAAGUUUCAACUUGUGACAUCUCACACUGAAAUAAUAUUGAAAAAAUAAUAAUCCACUGAGCCACAACAGCUCGUAUAGUUUAACAGCACCAAGUUACUAACAAGAAGAGACAUAGAAAAGAGAGGAGAGUACAGCUGUCCAGUCAAAAUCUCCUCUGUGGGCAGCUCGAAUAUGAAACUGUACAUCAAGGAUCUUCAACGGCGGUCCACUUUUAUCAGAACUACUAUUCCUUUUUUCUAAAACUUUUUAGGUAGAAAACAGAAAGAGACCAGAGUGCACCUUUAAUGGACUGCAUUAGUACAAAGCCAAGCACAACAUUCAGCAGCAGAUGCACAUUGCAUGAUCUGAACAUGCAUUAGAGUGCAUAAUACAGAAGUUAAAAUACUUCCUCUGCCUUUUUUUGGCUUGUAAGUAAUAUUCAUAUCACUCUAAAUCUGAUUUACACUGAUAAGCACAUCCCUCUCUAUAUAUGAUGCUCACAGAUGGUGGUAAUAGAUUACAGUUGUACAUCCUGCAGUGAUGACAUGCAGCAGGAACUCAUUAAUAAAUAACCGCAGAUACCCUUCAUAGCUUGCGUUCACUACAAUCUUACCAGAUACUGAUCAGACUCGACUACUGAGAUUAAUCCAAUAAAUGUCUUCGACAAUCUGAAAUCAUGUUGCACACUUUUAUCUUUUUGAAGCACAGACACAACUGCACUUUCAUUUUGCCCUGAAAACAAUGAAAACUGCAUCUCUGAGACCUCUUGAAAGGAGAUUGAUUCUAGUGUAAACGCUGAGCCAUAUUUUAGCUGAUGAAAUGUACAAGCAGCAUCUCUUUCUUUUUCAAGAGGUGCUGGAGGCCAUAAUGUUUGGGAGCGGAGUGCUAAACUGUAUAUUUAUGUAUAUUUGUGAUUCUGGAUAUUAUAUCUGUAAAUAUCGGUGUACAUUUUGUGAAACGAGCGCUGAGAAAUCUAUGAAAAGCAAACAGGUGAAUUCUUGUAACACUGAUGUGUAUGAUAUUGUUGUACAGUUAAAAGUGUAGAGUAUUUAAUUAUUUUGUACAUUGUGCAAUAGUGUGUGUGUGUGUGUUGUAUAUGGGGGUAGUGUCUAUUGUAUUAUUUAUGUGUAUGUGUGUUAAAAAAAAGCUGUUUUAUUUUUGCUAUUUUGAUGUUGUGAGUCCUUUACCUCCCUUAAUUCACCUCCAGCUGAGUUUUGGUUCCUCUGUGAACACGACUCGCUUAUUUGUGUGUUCAUGCCGCAAAAGAUUGUUGGUUAGUGCACAGAACUAAAGUUUUCUUUUAUGCUUUUAAUGUAAACUUUGGUUUAAAUUUGACGUGGAUGUCAGCUUAUCAUACAGACCGCACCUUCUGUAAGCUCCUCUAGCAUUAGUAUCCGCAGUUUUAUCGUUUGCUGCUUCUAGGUUGCGUCAAAAGUCAAAAUGUUCACACACUUUUUACGUUUAGUCCAACUAUAUUCAGCACAAUAAUUUUUAGUAGUGUUAGAUUAUAGUAACACACACUUAGCUAGGACAUUUCCGCACUUUGUGUCUAAGGAGGAAAGUCAAAAAUAGAGUACUAAUGCACUCUGGAAGUGCUAUUUUAAUCAUUAGAAAUAUACUUGAUGUGAAUGUAAAUGUAUUUUUAAUCCCCCAAAGUACUGUAAAGAUCAUCCACAAAUCAUUUAUUAAGGUGGGCACCUAUGAAACGUGUUCCAGUCUACACUUCUGUGCUGUACUAGUCGUAGAUUUAUAAGCAAUAUUUCUGCAGGCAUUUACUUGGUUUGGACGUUGGUCAGAUGGUCCGUGAGGCCACAAGAGCCGCUGUAACUCUGAGAGUAGCAGCAUUGGAGGACUUCACUGCUGAAGAAGAGCAAUGCUCUUAAAACUUUAGUCAAACCCUGUUCUGUUGGGUAAUAGCACAUUCAGAUCACUAGUCACAGUAUACUGUUAGCUAUACAAGGACUAUUUUAAUGUCUCUUAGUCAGUGUCAUUGAUAUUGUACAGUAUUUCCAAUUCACUUGGGAGAACACAGUUAUGAAUAUUGAAUAUGGACCAUCACAAAAACGAACAAUAAAAAGUUGGUUCUCUCGCUGCAA